CUGGCGUCUGCAAAGAUUCAUGAUAAAUGACAUGAGUAAUGAGAUGGCGUCGAUAUGUUGGUGAUGUUGUACACUUUUUCGUAUUUUAAAACACUUCGGGAUCAUGGAAAUUACUAGAUAACAAGUGAAGAUGUCGUCGCAACCUCCGCCCAGCAGGUUUUCGGACUAUUUCGUCAUCUGUGGCCUCGAUGUUUCCUCAGGACUAGAGCCUGAUCGACUGUCAGGAGAUAACUUGCACUGUCCACCACUAGAACGUCCAUACAAGUCCAAGGUCCUUGCUCACUACCCUGAAAACGUACAAUGGAACCUGUUCGACAAAGAUGCUGUCGGCAUGCUGAGCCUGCCAAAAGGGUUGACGUUCCGUACCCAGAAGGAUUCUCGCCACCCUCGCUUCCACACCUUCAUCAUCACUCGAGAAGAUGGGUCUCGAGCAUUUGGGGCUACGUAUGUGUUCUACGAGGAGGUGGGGAACAAGCAGAUCUGUGCAGCCAUGCAGACACUGCAAUCCAUGUUCCAGGCUGAGACUGGCCCCAGUCACACCGCUCAUCCAACUACCCCCCUGUCCCCCCACGACAGUCCAGUCUUUAUGAAGAAGAUCAUCCCAGCCAGCAGGGAGAAGGUGAAGACAUUUGACAUGAGUCGGGACAAACUGUAUGUGACAAAGUGUAUCUGCCUUGUGACACAGAUGCCGUAUGUUCGUGUGUGUAAGACUUACCUGAAGCAAUUGCACGAGGCGGUGACCCGCCAGACACAACCGCCUCUGCCUCUUGAGUGUUACGUGUAUAACAUGCUGUAUGAGAUCCCUCUUCCACCACCGGGACGAUGCAUGAAGCUGUUCGGUGUCUCUACACCUAUCUUUUGUCAACGUCCAGGUCUGUCUGAGCUGCCUCUGUUUGAUUACUCUCUGUGGGAUCUGUUCCACAAGCUGGGGAUGGAGAAUGUUCUGCAGGUGUUCACUAGCAUCUUGCUGGAACACCAAAUCUUGCUGUACUCAUCAGAUUACCACAAGUUGAUGCUUGUUGCGGAGAGUAUAAACGCACUCAUCUGUCCCUUCUCCUGGCAACACGUGUAUGUCCCCAUUCUCCCUGCUUCCCUGCAGCACUUCCUAGAUGCCCCUGUGCCAUUCAUCAUGGGGCUGCACCGUGGCCAAGAGGACCGCUCAGAUCUCAAACUGCCCAGUGAGGCCAACAUGUGUUUUGUUGACAUUGACCUGUGUGUAGUGGAGGUGGCUGAAGACCUGCCUGUGUUUCCACACCGGACAGAGCUGAUAGAGGAACUGACCCCAGUCAUCCAGGAGUACCAGGACAAGCUGGGAAGGGAGGCAACUACCACCAGCACCAAGAGCUACCCUGGUACACCACGCAGAGAUAACAACAAGGUCCUAUCACAGACCGCAGAGUCUGGAACUGGGAGCUGGCCGAACUCGCCCAAGAAGAUGGAGAUUCUACAACAGAGUGAAGCAUGGUUGAAGAUUUCUGACCUGGCAAAGAAGACAGGAGUAUGGGAAUCCAUUGAGGAUUUUGCUGAAGACGGCAAGAUGGCUGCAAAAGAGAAAACGAGGGAAGAUCCUGAUCCAAGCAUCAUGCCUACGAAUGAGGUUGAUGAACUUAAGUUUAACAACUGCAUCAGAGAGAUCUUUUGUAACAGAUUUGUUCAUAUGUUCAUGUCAUAUGAGGCAUUUGUGAUCCAACCUUCACAGGAUAUGGACUCUUGGCUGAACAGCAGAGAAACCAUGCACAACUUUGACAAGGCAGCGUUCCUCAGUGAUCAGCCAGAAACUCAUCUACCCUUCCUCUCUCCCUUCAUAGAAACGCAAAUGUUCACUACAUUCAUUGACAACAAGAUUGUGUCUCAGUGGGAGACCACUGAUGCUUCUCUGACACUAUUUGAUGACAGGAUUAAGGCUCUGAGGGAGUCAGGAGUAGAGAUGAGGACGGAUUUCUACAGUGACUGUUCCACAGCUAAGGAUACAGAGGCAAGCAUUGAGAAGAGAGCUACGUACAUUGAUCAUGUUGCGUCAAAACCUUCAAUGCCAUCUAGCCCAUUUGAACCUGUGAAGAUAACCACUGGCUUCUUCCCUGUACUCAACAAGGACGUUCUCAACACAGAGCCUGUCAGCAAUAAAUCCAAGGUGCGAGAUACUGCUAAGUGGCGGAGGAAGGAUCGGAUUCUGCAACAUGCAGAGCACCUGCAACUCAACUCAGAUCAGAGAGAGUUUGCCUUGGCUGAAAAACAUGCCAAACAGUGGCUACGCUACAUCCAGGAAGCCCGUCUAAAGGCCCUGCGUCAACCAAAGCUGUCUGACAUGUCAGCCCAGGGAAUGGUGCAGACCAACUGGAAGUUUGUGGAGACACUGCUCAAGGAAUGUAAGACAAAGACAAAGAAGAUGCUGGUAGAAAAGAUGGGUCAGGAAGCUGUAGAGUUGGGACAUGGAGAGUUGAGCAUCACAGGGGUGGAGGAGAACACUUUGAUAGCCAGUCUGUGUGAUCUCCUGGAGAGGAUCUGGAGUCAUGGCCUGCAGACGAAAAAGGGGAAGUCUGCGCUGUGGUCCCACCUUCUGAGUUUCCAGGAGAUUGAGGAGAGCAACGACACAAACCGAGCCAUCGAUCCAAAGCUGUUGACACCAGGUCCCUUGAAAAGACAUAGCCUGAUAGACAUUAGCUCUCUCUUGGAUGGGUCCAUCAAAAUUUUGGGCCGGUCCAUAUCCUGGAGCAACUUGUCAGCCAUGGCCUUGGAUGGAGAGAAGACACACCCUGUAAAGACACAUCGACGUCGCAGCAGCCAGGGACGGAUUGAGCUGCCUGUCCUCCGACCUUUGGCGAAAUCACUUGCACAUGAUAUGAGGAGAGUGCAGCAGAUGACAGAGAUCAAGACACAUGUGGGAUGUGCCCGAGCCUUUGUCAGACUUGCCCUGGAGAAGAAGAUGUUGUCAACACACCUCAAGGAGCUCCUUCAGGACACAGACCUACUCAGGAGCCUUUACAAGCGCUAUGCCUUCCUGCGAUGUGAAGAUGAGAGAGAGCAGUUUCUGUACCACUUACUGUCACUCAAUGCGGUUGACUUCUUCUGCUUCACCAAUACAUUCUCACAGACAGUUGUGCCAUACCGAGUCCUCAUCUACCCCAGCACCAAGUUUGCAUGUGGGACAACAAGUGCUGUACCCUGGAUCAGCAUCGCGGGGCAACUGGGCGAGACUGGAGUCAUGGACAUACCGAAAGGAUGUCUGGAGUUCUCAGUGGAACACAAGAACCUGGGUGUUCUGACAACUCUACGUAUCGGCCAUGAUAACAGUGGCAUGACUCCACGCUGGUUGGUGGAGUAUGUGCUUGUUAGGAAUGAGAUCUCAGGACACACGUACAGAUUCCAGUGUGGGCGAUGGUUGGGGAAAGGUGUGGAUGAUGGCAGCAUAGAACGCCUCCUGGUGGCAGAACUUGUACAUCAGACGUCAGAGGUUGAUGACACAGUGACAUGCUACACACCACCAAGGAACAGGUCCCCUAGUUCUCCCAGGAAGAACUGUGAUCAGGGUCUGUCCAUCCCAGAGCUGCAGGAGAAUCUAGGGCAUGCAGUAAAUAACCUGGUCAAGUACUUCUACAAGCCAGAGAAGGAGAGGGGCAACUUGACCUUCCUGUUGUGUGGAGACCGGGGUCUAGUCCAAUGCAUGGAGCAGAUUUUCCAGUGUGGUUUCCGCUCAUCAAGAUUGUUCCGUAACAAGAUGUUCAUAUGGGAUCUCUUUGAGAAGAUUAAGGUGCAGUUUGAGCAUGCACUCGCUGGUGGAGUGCGACGGCCGAUAGCGGAGGUGGCAAAGGCAGGGUACUGGCUCUUCUGUAAUCUGCUCAACAAGAUCAAUGCAGCCACGGAGACUAUCGGCAAGGACGGGAAGUUCCAGAUCUUCAUCUGUGUGGGCAUUAGAGAUCACUGUCUUCACCGCUGGCUCCCUCUCAUGGCCCAGACAACCAUGGUAGCACAGAUGUACGAGGAGAACUGCUUCAUGCGUGACCCCAGCCUCAUCAACUUUCUCGUCCACAUCCUGGACACUCUCAGCGAGUUCCCUAUUGUGUUGGAGGCCUCGUUGCUGAGGGGCCUGGACAUCUGAGGACGGUCCUUGUACCAUGUUGUUAUGACGACAGAUGAUGCAGAAAAGCUGAGCCAUAUUAUCGGGAGUUUGUUGGUUUGGGCUGUGAUAUGUUGAUGUCUGUGAACGUAUGUUGGCGUGGACACAAUGAUGUGAGAAAUCAUGAAUAUGAAAUGGAGUGACUGCCCCAGUGACUGUAGUUCCUUGUGAGUCUCUUGAUGAGUGUCAGGACUAUUAUCCAAGGGCACCUGUCAACACUGAUCUAGUCUUGUACCUGCCACACAUCCAUUGUGUACAAGGGGCUUCAGGUGUCUACUCCAAGUCAUCAAUAUUACUGUGUUGUUUUUGUGCCAAAGAAUAGCGAUCUUCACUUUACUAUUUAUUUGUGACUUGUGCAAUUAUAGAAUAAGAUCCCCUACAAGGGUAGAGGUAGGCAACAACAUCCAAGAGAUGUCACCAGCUAGCAUGAGGUCACUAGCAACAGUCUAAUAGGCUAGACUAUCAAGACCUCAAGACCUUCUGUAUGGUCAUGUAGCACAUGAUAUUUGUACAUGACAUAUCCUGUUUUAUGAGUGCAGACAUUACCGGUAUGUCACCCAAAGACUGAGCAUGAUCUCAUGCUAAUAAUACUAUGAUAGUGCACAUAGUAUGAGGUAAAGGGACUCUGAUAGCAGGUCAUGCUGUAUAUUUAACCUGGAGGGUUGACUUGAACGUUUUAAAGUCACUUUAUUGACUUCUGUGAAUAACAAAUUAAGGUAUGUUAAAACAGAAAAUGUUAUUAUGAACUUAUCAAACUUGUGGUCAAGGGUUGUCUAUAAAUGCUCAAGAUUGAAACUUGCACGUUAGAAAUUAAUCCUAUAAAGUAUCUAUUUUCUGUGAAUUUUACUCUGAUUAGUGUAAGUUGAUUUGGCUUAAUUUCAAACAGAUGAAGUGCCUUGAUUGUUUGCUAAUGGUUGAUGGUCGUUUGUUUUGUAUGAAGGUGAUCUUACACUAGUGAUGGCCAUGAUACUACCACAGGCACUGGAUGCCAGUGGUUACCAUGGUCACUAGAACAGGACGUCCUUGUGUCUUGGGUUUUAACCUUGAUCUCACUGAUGCAGACAUGUUUUAUUCCACAAAUCGUUGUUGAUACAUCCCAUGUGUAUAUGUUGUACAGAUGAGAGUUUUAGAGAGAGCCAUGUGAUAUGAGGUCAACACUUCUUAUGUGUAUACAAUUUCUUAAUAUUGAAAGAUUUUAUUGCCUAUAUUGAAUUGUUAUUAAGGCAGACUCAAUGAAAGUGUAUUGCUGUCUUUUAUGUAAACUAUAAUCAAGUUCUCCUGCAGUCCUAAACUCUUCCACAUUCUGAAGAUCCUAACCCUCCCCAUCCUGGGUAUAUUUAUACCCUUCCAGCUAAUCCCCUCCCUCUCCUCUCCUUUUCCACCACUGACCAGCCCCACCCAGGGUUUAUGCCCGUCUUGUUACUGUCCCUCCCCACAUGGGUAUGUGAACUUUCAACUGUUCCGUUAAUCCAGGGUGGUUGCCCCUCCCACUAAUCCGCAUCCCCCUCCGUUUCCACCACUCACCAGCCCCACCCAGGGUUUAUGCCCGUCUUAAUACUGUCCCUCCCCACAUGGGUAUGUGACAUUUUAACUGUCCCCAUUAAUCCAGAGUAGAUCCCCUUCCAGCUAAUCCACACCCCCAUUACCCUCCAUAUCCACCACUGUCCAGCCCCACCUAGGGUAGAUGCCCAUCUCACUACAUUCACCUCCCUCAACUUUCCGAAACUGUUCCUCCCCAUGCUAAGUAGAUGAACUUCUCACUUCAUUUACUCAAACAUUUAGUGCACAAUCUUAUACUGACUGUGCAUCAAGCCGAGCCCUCUCUCAAGACAUUGUUACAUUUUGUUGAUAUUUGUUUAUACAUUGUAUACUAUUAGUGCUGUGCAGUCUUGUCACUACUUAAAAUAGCUGUUUCAGCAACUUCAAGUGUCUUCAAAAAACAACCAUGUCAUGAAGUCACUGAGUUGAAACGAUCAUCACUAUCACCAGUAGAUGCAGAUAGGGUCUAUAUUCAGUGUUGGUGAUGUUCUGACUAAUGUAGGGUUCAAAAUGCCGGGUUCUACCAAACUGUAUAUCGCUGUUACAAACUAUAUUAAUCUGUACUAUAACUUUCCAAGGUACCUAACUUUGGAUAGCUGUAUCUAAGCUUUAACAGUUUCUGCCAUUAUGUAUAGAUCUGUACCUACAUGUAGUCAAGAACUAGCUAUCAAGAGGCCAUUUAAGAAGAUUUUUUUCAGUGCUACCGAACACUUAGACAAACCUUGCAAUUUUAGGAAUUUCCCUUUAGGCAGCUCUAUCAUUAUGUGAAGAAAGCUGAGACUUGAUUGGUUAGUUUAGUAAUCCCUAACUGACAUAUCAGCUAUAUUGGUGUAUUGAUGUUAUUCCCAUUGCCUUACUAGCUACUUGUUCUCCUCUGUUGAUCUGAUUGUUGCAAUGUUACCAUGGUCAUCGAGGGCUGCCUGGUAUCAAUGAGAUUACCAAUGUUUGUGUUAUGAAAAUCAAACAUGUAUCUACACCAUGACUUUGUUAUACGUUUCUACAGAUUUGAUUACAUCUUUGAUUAGUUUAUGCAUGUUUAUAUGAUCAGCAGCUUUGUAUGUAGCUGGAAAGAUAUGACAGUAACAUUAAUGAACAGUAAUAUAUCAGCGUAGUUCAUGAGGACAUAUAGCGUUCGGCAUAGUUCAUGACAAAGAUAUUGCAACCAGCCUAGUUACUGAUGAAGAUAUUGCAUUAGGCCUAGUUCAUAUAAAGAUAUUGCAAUCACCCUAGUUCAUGAUAAAGUUAUUGUAAUCGCCCAAGUUCAUGAUAAAGAUAUUGUGAUCACACUAGUUCGUGAUAAAGAUUUUACGAUUACCCUAGUUCGUGAUACAGAUAUUGCAAUUACACUAGUUCGUGAUACAGAUAUUGCAAUCACACAAGUUCAUUGUAAGGAUGUUGCAGAUGGGGUUGUCAUGGCUGAAAGAGUUAUACCUGCAUUUUUCAUCAUGUUCAUUGAGCCAUAUUCUGAAGGUAUGAGUUUGUUCAGGGUACCAGUUUUUCACAUUACACUAGAUUAGACAAAACACAGGUAGAUAUAAACUUGACAUAAGUAAACAGGUCAGGUACCUAUAUUCAAGUUCAUCUAGAGCAUGUCAAAGACAAAAUGGCAACCAGCACAUAUUAAGACUCCACGUAAGCCCCGUCCAAAGAAGAAUUGCACACAUCAAGUAUUUCUACAGACAUUCGUUCAUAAGUAUAGGUUAGUCAUUGUCUGGUUUUAGUUUGUACUAGCUGUGGCGAAUGUGUCUGUGCUGCUCGAUAUAAAUGAUUUUGAUGUUGUCAUGUUACUUCAUGACACCUGGGUGGUGGGAUAGCCUAAUGGUUAAAGCUUUCGCUUGUCAUGCUGAUGACCGGGUUCGAUUUCCCACAUGGGUACAAUGUGUGAAGCCAAUUUCUGGUGUCCCUGCAGUGAUAUUGCUGAAAUAUUGCUAAAACCAUGGGAAAACUAAACUCACCCACUCACUCAUGACAUCUGUAAAUCGUUGAAAAAGUGGCACAGAGACAUGGCUACCACAGCUGAGUUAAUGCAUGAUAUUAGGGGUGUUUCUGUUGUUUUAGUUGGAUGUUUUUAUCUCAUGUUCUGCAUCAUGCUGCAAUUGUCAUGUCACUGUCUGCCAGCUGCACUCUUAUUUAUUUGUGAGCCGAGAUGUUACGUGAGUUGUCUCCCAUGUACAUACCAUACCCAGCGCUGACUAUAGAUCAGCUCAGACCACACUCACAUGCUUGUCUCAGCCUGUGCCUCCAUUUUCUAAGUUUACAGUGGUGAAAGCUCAUUGCAUUUAUGUUACGAUAAAUAUCAUUUGUGAUGUCAUUAUUCCCUUGAUUCCGUGUAAGUUGGUUGCCUGGGUGUCACAGAUGCAGCUUCUGUGAUGUGUGACAUGGAGGCUGUCAGCGGAUGUUACUGUGCGAUGUUGCAGCUCUCUCACACACAUACAGGCUCGCGCAUGUGAGCUGACUGUAUUAUGUAGAGAUGGCUGGAGAAUGAGUGUGUGAGAUCGGGAGUGGGUGUGUGAUAUGACAGUAUUACAGUGAUAGUGCUGUCACUACUUGUUGAAUAAACACUGUUGACAUGGUAA